AUGCUUCGUGAACUUUCUCCUAGUCUAUUGCCACUCCCACUUCCAACCGGAAACGCUCCUCCGACCCCGCCGCAGAAUGACUUGUUAGAUGACAUCUACGGUUCUGCCCCGUCUUCCCCGCUCCUCACUCAAAACCCAUCACAGUCCGAAGAAAUUCUGUCCGAUCUGCCUUCUCGCCAGCGCGCUCUCGAUACGGAUGCCUACAGAGAAGGGCUUACGAACAGCAAAGGCCAGUUUGUACAAGAGGGUUUCGAUGAGGGCUAUUCACUCGGAGCCAACCUGGGCAUUCUUGUAGGCUAUGUGUUAGGUUUGCUCCAGGGUACUACUGAGGCUUUGAAAAGCCGUAAGGAGGCCCAGAGUGCGGACGUUGAGAAGCUGUGGAAUGAAGCACAGACCGAACUAGCAAUACAAGAACUUUUGAGUCAGAAAUGGAUUGACGAAGAAGGGAUAUGGCAGUGGGAGGUGGAGGGCAAAGACGACGAAGUAACUUUUAAAGAAGUUGCUGAGCAACAUCCAGUCAUGAAGAUGUGGAUGAGCAAGGUUCGCGACCUAGCGGACAAGUGGGGCAUCGACUUGAAGGCCACAGAGAGAGGCCAAGAUGAGAGUUCAGUCGCGACGGAACAGUUUUGA